AUGAGAUCGACGACGGACGGUCAGUACAGGCAAGGCGGGUGUGGAAUCGAGUACGAGGCCUCCUAUUUCCUGCUUAUAUACAUGCUGUUCGAACCCUACAUAGACACUUUAAGGCACGCAGAAUUGCCUACCACCACUCCUCCCCCAGGGACCUCCACAGUGAGAGAUGAGAUCAAGGAAGGAACCCUGUACAAGCUGUCUGCUUUAAACCUUCUCAACACGCCGCCGCCCGCCACCGCAAUGACGUCAGCGACCUUGGACGUGGGUGGUCUUGUGCGUGUGACGACACGGCCUUCGAAGGGCUCUGGAGACAGCUUCGGAACAACCCUGGAACCAGUCGGAACCACCCUGGAACCAGUCGGAACCACCCUGGAACCAGUCGGAACCAUCCUGGAACGAGUCGGAACCACCUUGGAACCAGUCGGAACCACCCUGGAACCAGUUGGAACCACCCUGGAACCAGUCGGAACCACCCUGGAACCAGUUGGAACCACCCUGGAACCAGUCGGAACCACCCUGGAACCAGUCGGAACCACCCUGGAACCAGUCGGAAUCACCCUGGAACCAGUCGGAACCACCCUGGAACCAGUAGGAACCUUCCUAGAACCAGUCGGAAUCACCAUGGAACCAGUCGGAACCACCCUAGAACCAGUCGAAACCACCAUGGAACCAGUCAGAACCGCCCUGGAACCCCCCUGA